AUGCCCGACUGGAAGUCGCCCGUGACGCUUGGCCAAGCCUUUUCGGCGGCCACGGCGCUCAUGUACAUCUGCAUCGGCCUGAUGCUCGCCGACACGGCGCGCUUUGCCUCGUUUGACUGGUCCAUCAUCACGGGCAAGCGCGCGCGGAGGUGGCCCCAGAUCCCCUACAUCUUCCUCAAGCUGUGCUACUGGGCCUACAUCGUCACCAACCUCUACUUUGUCCUGGCCCUCCACGAGUUCAGCUGCAACGGCGUCCUUCAGGCCAUCGAGAUGCAGAUGGGCUGGAUCACGGUGGCGUCGAGCGUCCUUCUCGCCUGCCGCGCCGUCUGCGUCUACACGGGCCGGGAGCGCACCGUCGUAUCGGCCUUUCUCUUCGUCUUCACCCUCGGCCUCCUCGCCGCCUGGAUGGUCGGCGUGCCGGACGGCGUGGCGGCCUGGGUGCCAAACGGCGGCAACCCGUGGCAGGACGGGACGUGCGCUUUUGUCUCGAUCUCGACGCGCUACUCGAUCAAGUACAUUGUCACCAUCGUCUUUGACCUCUGCGUCAUGCUCCUCACCGUCGUCGGCGUGCUGCGCAUGAACGGCAGCUCGCACAUCGGCUCGGUGCUGAUCCAGCAGGGCAUCCUCUACUUUGUCGCCACCUUCCUCAUCAACGCCCUCGUCACGGGCCUCACCCUCGCCCAGCUCAACCCGGUCAUGAGCCUCAUCGGCGCCAUCCCGGCCUCGACGGUGUGCGUCAUGUGCUCCACCCGCCUCUACGUCGAGCUGGCCAGGGAGGCUCAGCACCGUCCCGGCGGCGUCACGUCGACCCAGGUCAGCUCGUCGAGCACGGGCGAGAAGAUCGCACGCCUCUUCAAGCGCAGCGGCGGCGGCAACUCCGGCAUCGGCAGCGGUACGGCAUCGGCCUCGGCGCAGCACAACAGCUACACGUUGCGCAGCAACACGGCGGGAGGCUUCAACGUCAAGCCGCUGCGGUACGGCGGGCGCCACCACGAGCGCUCCGCCUCGCCGGCGGGCGGCAAGUCGAUGGACGCCGCCGACUCGGCCGAGGACCUCGAGGCACAGACGCUCCGCAGCAACAAGGCCGGCGGCGGCGGCGGCGGCUUCGUCGCCAUCACCGAGAGCCAGGUCGUCACCUCGGAGCCCAUGCCCGACUACCUCGUCGGCAACACGGCCUUUUCGCCCACCCGGCCCGCGGCCGCGCAGCAGUCGCCCGUCGACGCCCGCAGCGACGGCGGCGUCGUGUCGCCCAUCGGCGACCAUCCCUACUCGCAGGACAUCAAGAGCCACUACCCGCGCCUGAGCCGGUCCUGA